GUGACGUUAGCACUGUGUAAAUUGAUUACUUAGCGACAUCCUUUUUAAAGAUUUCAAGCAGUCCCUUUGUGUAACCUGCUUAUUAUGUCGUGCCAUAUGCGCUCUGUGUAGUCAGUCUUGAGAAGGAUCGAAGACCUGCAGCACUUAAUCAAACAGUUGGCUGAAUCGCGUGACACAGAUUCGCAGAUUUCCUCGUCCGGCUGCUCACAAUGGCCGACAUUCUACAUAAGUUCAACCAAAUUUCCCUGAGAGAAAAUUCGUCGCAACACGACAUCAACGAGAGCCUGAAGGCGGGCGUGCUGGCGGAGGCGAGAGCCCCGGCUGGCGGGCUGCGCUACUUCCACUGCUUCACGUGCGGGAAGGAAAACAUCUUCGACAUCGCUUCGCACAUCCAGCAGCUGAGCCACAGGAACUCCCUCGCCUGGGUCGUGAUCAAACUUGACCACCCGAGCCCCGCCCUCCUCCACCUUCUGCCCGAAGACGUGAGGCUGGCCAAGCUGGACGGCCAUGUUGAGGCUGUCUCCAGGACCGUUUUCUCUUUCCAGUGCAAGGUUUGCCUGGGGAAAAGGCCCUUCAGCGGCCUGAUGCCCCUGCUUCAGCAUUUAAGCGGGAAGGAGCACAAGAAGGCCUUGGACAGGACCACGCGAUCCCCGCCCGUCGCCCAGCCUGCUCCCAUCCUUUCAACUCAUGCUUUCUCCCCACCAAGCAGUACCUAUCCCUUCGGUCAGCAGGCAGUCCCUGUCACAGAGCCACCGCCGUCGGUCCUCGCACCUCCGAGUCUGGUUUGUGACAACCUGGACAUCGUAAAGGCUGAGGUGGAGAAGAGUCUGCGGUGCGGGGUGGUGACUGUGGUGGAGAAGACCGAGACCCACACCUCUUAUUUCUGCAAGAGUUGCAGAGCUCCUCUGACCGGCGACGAGCCCUUAAGGCAGCACGUCAUGGGAAAAACCCACAAGAAGAAAACUAAAGAAUCUCAGGUCGACUCUGUGGCCUUGGAUCCAGAACCCAUGAGACCUCUAAUGCCUCUUUCACCACCUGUAAUGAACCCAAUUUGGCAGUUCCCUUGGAACGUCAAACCAGCUCCUUAUUCCCGCCUGCCGGACGCAGGGGUGUACAAGAACCUCAGUGUUCCAAGAGGAAUAGUUUACAUUUUCAACUAUUACUUCUCAGACACACAGAGCGUUAGGUCUGGGGCAACGGUAGAUACCUACAACCUAAAGGAACUGUUUGUGAGAAUGGGUUACCACGUGAAAGUGCAUGAAGAACUAAGCAAAGAGGCAACAGAAGAAAGACUUUGCGCAAUUCAGUCUGAUGCUGUGCUAGAUCAUUACGAUUCAUUUAUUAUGAUCUUCUUGAGUCAUGGCAAAGAUGACACGGUAUUCUAUACGGAAGACCGAGCGAUGAUGAGCCUCGAUGACGUGCGGUACUUCUUCGUCGAUGGUAAAUGUCCGAGAUUGAAGAAUAAGCCCAAGCUAUUUUUGGCGAAUUUCUGUCGAGGAACAGUCGAGGAGAGGAGGAAGUAUGAGACCGAUUACUCCGGCUCGGGUCAGACUGCGGAGGCUCCUCAGGACAUGGUAACGAUAUAUGCCAGCAUCAAGAAAUUUAUGGCAGUAAGAGAUUCCGAAAAAGGCACUGUCUUUGUGCAAGCGCUUUGUCAAGUCCUUGCUGAAUAUGCGCACGAGCUGGAGCUUCAGGAAUUGUACAAUAAACUUUGCUCGGCCAUGAGAGAGCGGGAAGGUACCACACCAGAAUAUCAAAAUUAUUUUUUCAAGAAGUUUUUCUUCAACCCGGUACUCAUUGAAGGACCUCCAAAACCGUAAGAAAAUCUAAUUUAUUAAGUCACUACAGCAGAAAUUUUAAGUACCUGAAAGGUACUUAAAAUUGAUCCUGUGUGUGUAUUCUGCUGUUGUUUUAUUUCAACUUUCAAUUCUGGUCCCAUUCUUCAGAAAUCUUGCCGAUGAACUUCAGGUUUUGAGUAGGAUGCUACAUACCUAUAUCAAUCAUAAAUAUGUUUGGUUUCUUACUUUAUCCAUAAAGUUUUGUUUUUUUAAGUACCAAAUGUUAUAUAUUCCUUACCUUGAAUUUGUGUCGAAAACCCAAAUUCCACUUUUGGAAAGUGUGUCCGUUAUGGAAAAGAAAAUGAAUUAAUGAUGCAACGAAAGAAACACCGAAAAUAAAAAAAAAAUAA